CCUCGGUAAUCCUCCACCAACUACUUAGGAUUAAUAGCGAAAAAUCAGUAUUAUGUUGGCAAUAAGAUGAGAAACGGACUGUUGGUGAUAUUGUGGUAGUAGUUGAUUGGUGAUUAUUCAUUUUUGGAUAAAAACUGCAUCAAUUGAAAAAUGUCUAUAAAAAGGCAAGCAAGUCUUAUGAGUGAGGAUGACGAUGACCCAUUUGAGGUUCAGCAGGACUCAGAAAGCUACGAUGAAAGAAAAUGGACAAGAGGGCAUUUAAGGUCACAAUUUGAAACUCUAGAACUCAACAACCUCUUCCAGAAAUACACGAAUAAAAUAGACUACGGAUAUUUUUCCUUAUUUUUGAUAUUAAGUUUCUUUUUGUUCUCCACCCACGCCAUAUUACUUAUUGCAGAAAAUCAUGACAGAAAGAAUCAAUUGGAAUCACUAUUUCCAGAUUUAUUCCUAUACACUGCAACAAUUAUCCUUUCCAUUAUUGGGCUCAUUUUCCUAGAAAUAACCCAAAGAAGACAAAAAAGAUGGAAAUAUUUAUGCGUGGUAGCUUUCCUAGUGAUAUUUUUUGCAAAUUUCUUCCCCCCGAUAUAUCACGAUUUGAAAAAAACUAAUGGUAGGCACCCUUACACACCAGCAUAUACGUUUUUAUUGGUUAAUAGCUGCUACAUAUUUUUUGGUGUAGCUAAAAAUUGGGUAUCCAGCUUAUUAGGUGUGAUAGUGUCUUUGGUACAUAUAGUCACCCUUAUUUUAUUUACAUACAAAAACAAAGACGAUUGGAUACUGAGGGUUUUUUCGGAUAUAAUUUUUCUGACUUGUUCCAACGGGCUCGGCAUUUAUUUUCGAUACCUGAACGAAAUAGUUCAAAGGAAAAGCUUUCUGGAUAGACGAGAUUGCAUCGUAAACACUUUCCAGCUGAAACACGAAAAAGAACAAGAAGAACAAUUAAUGGCCAGCAUAAUACCUGCACCGUUAAUCAACAAAGUGAAGCAACUUUAUGUAAGAAGUCAGGACAAUUUUAGGCAAACUGGAAAAAUUGGAAUUGAUAAAUCUCAAGAACUUCUAGAAGUCCACGAAGGAGUAACAAUCCUUUUCGCCGACAUAGUAAAUUACACAGUAAUGACCAGACAGUUGGAUAUCAAUGCCCUUCUGGAAACCCUAAACGAACUUUUCGGUAGAUUUGAUGACGCCUCAGAAAGACUCAAUGUGAUUCGGAUUAAAUUUUUGGGCGAUUGCUACUAUUGCGUGUCCGGAUUACCUCCGGAACCUCCGCAAAAUCCAGCCGAGGCUUGUGUUGAUUUGGGAUUAAAAAUGAUUAAAAUUAUUGCUGACGUAAGAGAAAAAAAUAAUCUCAACAUAGAUAUGAGAAUUGGUAUCCAUACAGGCAAAAUAAUUAGUGGUAUUAUAGGUAAAGUGAAAUAUCAGUUUGAUGUUUGGAGUAAAGAUGUGGACAUUGCUAAUAAAAUGGAAAGUGAGGGUGAACCAGGGAAAGUCCAUAUUACCAAUAAAACAAGAAAUCUACUGGAAAAACCUUAUGACAUUGUUCCAAAUAAUAAAGGCGAAACUGUUCCCCAAUUCAAGCAAAACAAUUUACAAACGUUUUUAGUGUCUCCAAUGCCAGAUAAGCCACGACCAACCCUCUCGGAUUUAGAUCCAGAUAAUUCAAAUCAACCACCCAUGCCGCGACCAUCAAUUUUCAGAAAAAAUGGGGCUGCGCCUGUUUUAAAUCAAAUGCAAUCAGUAAAUUUGCCUCAAAUACUUGAGGAAAACGGUUCGGAUGCUUCACAACGAUCCACUCUAACCAUUAUCGAAAGUAACACUAUAGAGCAGGACAAUCAAAGGCGUACUAUACCAAAUGGCGAUGUCAGAAGAAAUACUGUUUACCAAAGAAGAGCCAGUCAACGGUAUAGGGUAAACGAAGAUAGAAGAUUGACAGCAGAUGUGAAAAGAAGAACUGCCUUUAUGAGUACUAAUUUUAAAAGAUACAUAGAACGUUCUGCUAAUGUUGAUAAGGAAAUGGAACAAACUAUAAAUGAUUUGUCGUUUUCGAAAAAAGAUCAGUACAUCAAAGGAAAAGAGAUUAGCAGUUUUCUUUUCUUCAAAGAUAAAAAGAGUGAGUGGCAAUAUGUUAACAUGCGAGAUCCAAUGUUUAAAUAUUACGUCCUGAGCCAAGUGGUUCUAAUAAUAUGCAUGUACUUAAUUCAGAAUCUAAGUUUGGAUAGCUGGCUUCGUUACGAAUUUAUAGCAUCCCAAAUAAUCCUGCUACUAAUCUUACUACCAUGCACUUGGACCUACCAUAUCUACCUCAAAUAUUUCACCAACUACAGAGACACCGUUCCAAAAAGUUUAAUUGUCAAAUUCUUCUACAACACGUCUAAAUUUAUUACAAACAAUUUUUGGGCCAGACUUGCCAUCUACACCAUUGUAUGGAUGAUGUUAUUGUCUUGUGUAUUUUUGGAUGUGUGGAUGUGUCAUAUGGAAAAUGUUGAAGAUCCUACCACUCCAACUGAUGGUCAUUGCAUGAUACCUUGGCAUAUGACCGAAUCAUGUGCGUUGGCACUCAUGAUGACUUUCCUAUUUCUCAAAAUAUUCAUCUGGAUUAAAUUAUUAUAUGCUGUUUUCACUACAAUAGCUUAUGGAUGUUGUGUACUGUAUUAUGUUACACCUACUUAUCAAGCUAGUGAAACAUUUAAUCCAUUUCUAAGGCCUCAAAUAGCUCACAUUUUGAGCAUAGCUUUUAUGACUUUCACAUUGCAUUUAAUUGACAGACAAACUGAUUACAUGAAUAGACUGGAUUUUUUGUGGACGUCAAAGCUAUUGGACGAGAAACAAAAAGCUGACGAGCAACAGGCAGUCAAUACAAAUAUGUUGAUUAAUAUUUUGCCUAAACAUGUUGCAAAAGUCUAUUUGGAUGUCAACAAAGGCAUGAACGAUCUUUACUUUGAAACCCACAAUCAUGCCGCUGUGAUGUUUGCUUCGAUUAUUUUCGAUGAAGCUUAUACGGAAGAGGAAAUGCCUUUUUUGAGGCUUAUGAAUGAAUAUAUUACUGCUAUAGAUACGUUGGUAAACAAAAACUCAAAAGUAGAAAAAAUCAAAAUAGCUAAAUGGACUUACAUGGCAGCUUGCGGUCUAACGUUGCCAGGAGAUAACGAAAAUACUGCUCAUUGCAUGGAAACCCAUCACACGAGCAGCACGUUGGAAGUGCUUUUGAAUUUUGCCUCCAAUAUGUUUAAGGCAUUCAAAGAAGCCAAUGGUUGCACGUAUGACAUCAAAUUGAGAAUAGGAAUUUGUCAUGGUAAAAUAUUAGCGGGUGUGGUCGGUUCCAAAAAGCCUCUUUACGAUAUUUGGGGAGAUCCUGUUAACAUGGCUUCUAGAAUGGAUAGUACUGGAUGUCCAUGUAAAAAGCCAAAUUCAGUGACAUAAACAUCUUCAAUUAAUUUAAAUAUUUCAGCUCAAAUUCACGUUAUGGAGGGAACUGCUCAGGAAAUUGAAAAAUUGGGCUACGAGUGUGUGCCAAGAGGCUUUAAGCAAGUGAAAGGAGUUGGUGAAGUGCCCACUUAUUUUGUUAAACUUGAUAAUGAGUUUAAUUUGGUUAAAAAAACUUUCGACUGACUUGACUGAUAUUUUUUAUACCUACUCUAAGUACAAAAUAAAAAUUUAUUU